AUGAAGCAAUCGGUGUUUCAGACUGACUAUAUCAAUAAUAUGACCACUGUUGAAACCCCAUUACUCCGGGAUGACUCCGAUCACGCGUCUCUGGAAGAUGGGGGACAGCCGCGAACUCGCCAGGAGCGAUUGGCUUCUCUCCAAUCCAUAUCAUCAAAGGUGCUAGCGGUAUACUGGACUUUCUUGGUUAUGGGAGCAGGCGAUGCCGCAUAUGGGCCUUUGCUUCCAUACUUCGAGUCGUACUAUGACAUAUCCUACACAGCCGUUUCGGUUCUCUUCUUGUCUCCUGUGUGUGGCUAUAUGUUUGCCGCUCUGGUGAACAACGAAAUCCAUGUGCGACUAGGCCGGCGUGGAAUCGCUUGUAUCCACUCACUGUGCCAUUUGUUCACAUUUGGGGUUGUCUCAUUCCAUCCAUCGUACUAUAUCCUCGUGGCAACGCUUGCGAUCGGAGGUAUAGGAAAUGGCGUGGCAGACUCGGGAUGGAACGCCUGGAUAGGCGCCAUGAGCAAUUCCAAUGAGCUUCUCGGUAUAUUGCAUGGCUUAUAUGGCGUUGGAGCAAUGGUUAGUCCGUUAAUUGCGACUCUACUCUUGAGCAAAAUCAAUCUUCCAUGGUUUCGAUUUUACAAUGUUUUGGCUGUCUGUGCUGCUAUUGAAGUCGUUGUCUGUAUGGUCGCCUUUUGGGAUUCUGGGCCGGAGGAUUCUCAAACCACUGAGAAUAGCGAGGAAAGUCAACGUGGUGGCUUGCGACGUGCAUUGUUUCAGAGACCAUAUGCGUGGGUGACUUGGACCUGCGCCUCCUAUCUUCUCGUUUAUGUGGGAGUUGAAGUCACCAUAGGUGGCUGGAUAGUGACAUAUAUGAUGAGGGUGCGUCACGCAGAUCCUUUUGCUAGUGGUAUGGCUGCUACAGGGUUCUGGCUGGGCCUUACGUGCGGUCGAUUCAUUCUUGGGUUUGUCACAUCAAGACUAGGACAAGCAUUGGCAAUUACGGUCUACACUGUGGCUGUGAUCAUAUUUGGCUGUGCAUUCUGUUUCCUGCCAAAUUUCUACGCUGCCGCAGUCGCGGUGUCUUUGCAAGGCUUUUUCCUAGGGCCCCUUUUCCCAUCAAUCAUAGUGGUCGUCACUAGAAUUCUCCCACGGGAAUUACAUUGGGGGCCAUGGCACAGAUACAGCACCGACUUUGAUGGCUUUGCUAGAGAUAUCUUCAAAGCUGGUGAAGAAUGGGGCUUCUUUAUUCUCACCAACCAUGGUUUAUCAAAUGCUGAUCGCAUGUAUGAACUGUCUACGCAAUUCUUAGACCUCCCUAAAGAACAAAAGACCGAGAAGGUCCUCAACGCAACGAUGACCGGACUGAAACUAUCGCACUAUUUAUAUGGUUGGUCUGCUUCUGAAGGCAUUGCCUUCGGUAUGCCAGCCGGUCGCCUCUUCGACCGACCGAAUCUUCCCGCCUGGUGGAACCAUUCCCGACUGCAAGAGAUCGAGGACUUCAAAGCGAGCUGCUACGAAUUCAGCCUGACCAUUCUGUCCUGCUUUGCCCACAAAGACCCCGGCAACGCACUCAAACUCAUCAGGUAUCCUCGAUACGAGACGCAGCCGGACGGUGUUCCCCGUUUGUCCGAGCAUACAGACUGGGGCAGCAUCACUCUACUAUUUAGCGAAACGCCAGGCCUUGAGAUCCGAGACCCCGAUAAUCAGUGGAUGGGUGUCCCGACGAUCCCCGGGGGCGUGGUGGUCAACAUUGCGGAUGCACUAUCUCUCUGGACGAACAAGAAGCUGAAGUCCGCAUUCCAGAAUGCAGAAUUAUCAGACCCAACCGUCGAUCCAAACUCGAAGGAAUCAAGUACAACACCGUUCUACUGCGGCGAUUACUUGAAGGCCCGAUUAGGGCUGGCGUUUGGAGCGGCGCGUGAGGGCGGCGAUGCUGGAAAAGACUUCGACGCGAUCGACAAUGCUGUUCUAAAGAGAAUGAAGAUUCUAAAAAUUGCGCAUUAUGGAGCGCCCGAGUCCAAUAGAGUGGAAGUUUCAUAA